GUGUUGGAAACUAGUAGUACCACAAUGCAAUGCAAGAAAAUUUUGUGACAUACACAGUCAGCACUCAGCAGUCAGCAGAGACCAGUGGCAGAGACACCGAGCAAUAUUGGCACAGAUGCACUGUCGCUUGCCAUAAAAAAUGCUGAUGGCGAAUAUUUUCAUCUUGCUGGCUCUGUUUUGCUACGGUAUCCAGCCCGUAUCAUUAAAAAAUUUGUUCGUUAGUCAUCAUGGACACGAUAAAGAAAAUUGUGGCGACGAAACAUUACCUUGUCGCAGUUUGAGACAUACCAUCACGAUUGCGCGUGAUAAUGACGUCAUACGUAUUGAUUACGCUGGGGGUAAACCCUAUAAGGAAUGUGAAAACUUCACUCAAAAAAGACUUGACACGAUUGUGCUAAAUAAAUCGCUAUUGUUUUACGGCUUUAAUGGAAAUGCAGUAUUACACUGUCAGCAGAGCUAUUCAUUUUUUAGAAUUAAUAGUUUGGCGAAUGCAAGUUCAAAAGUUGUAUUCUCCAACCUUUCAAUAGCUAGCCGUGGAGAUGUACUUGACGUUAACGUUACUAGUGGAAUUAGUAAGUUCGAGUUGGAAUUAAAUUCCUGCAACAUAGAGGAAUCUCGGCAUUUUGUCAAAGUCAUGGCAAUUAAUUGUUUAAUUCUAGUAUCCGAUUCUCACAUCCGAAGUCGUCAAUAUCCCCUGCAGGUGCGUUGCAGCAACAUGGUGGUUCGUUUGCUUGGAUCGGCGUUUUUCUCUUGUCCACUUUUGCUACGCUCGGGAACAGCAAGCGAAGAAAAAAUAUUCAACAUUCUCAUUGAUAAUUGCAACUUUACACAGGCACAAACAAUUGCUACCUCUUCAGUCAUUAUCAUUAGUCCUUUGAUCGAUAUAUGUGAUGUAAGGAUUACAAAUUCUGUUUUUGUUAACGUUUAUUCCCUUUACCAAGCCUUAGUAAUAGACUCCGGUGACUCGAGUUUGCCAACUAAAGCAUCCAUAGUUUUGGAUAGAUUACGUUUCGAAAAUAUUGGCUGCAAUCAAGGGGUAGUGUAUAUCUCUUUACCAGCAUAUCCGAACGAAACGCUUCGAAUUAGCAUUUCCAACUCUCUUUUCGUGAACACCAGUACCAGAGCACUCUGGAGCAACAUUGUCAAAAGGAGUACCCAGAAUAUUGAGCCGUUCCCAACGUCCGCGCCGCACAGUGUAAAAGUUGUCAAUACCACUUUCAUUGCAACUCUAAGCACUCCUACAAAGAAAGAUGGUCCGAUAUAUCUUUCCGGCAGUGGCUUUUAUUCUUUCUUAUCAUGCCAUUUUUCUCACAGUGUUCCUGAGCGCAAUCCUGAUUUUCCACUCAUUCGUAUUGAAAGCUCAAUCACGGCAACAUUUGAAAACUGUUCGUAUGAAAUUCAUCGAAUUGGACGCAAUAGUGGCAGCAACUUGUUUUACAUCAUAUCGCACGAUGCACAAAAUACAUAUUUAACAGUCAAGGAGCCUGUAAGAAUCGUUUGUCCAAAAGGCUAUGUCAUGAAUUCAAAAACUACCGAAUGUUAUAAUAGUUGGAAAACAAUAUCUUGCUUUUUGUUUCAAAUGUUUUGUGAGGAAUGUCCGACAAAAACGUACUCUUUGGCCCAAGGCAAAUUUAAGGACAACGUAACCAAAUACGUCAAGUGCCAUGAAUGUCCAGUGGGUGGAAAUUGUAUUGAUGGCCAGAUAAAAUCCAAGCCAAAUUUUUGGGGAUACAUUCACGACAGGUCAAAUUGGACAGUUAAGUUUCUACAAUGUCCUACUAAAUACUGCUGUGGUACUCAAGACUGCCAAGACUAUCACAGUUGUCAUGGUAACAGAACGGGCACCCUGUGUGGCGAGUGCCCCGAGGGAAUGUCGGAAACUUUAUUCGAUACAAAAUGUAAAGCAAACAAACAUUGCACAGGUGCGUCAUUCUGGCCUGGGAUAACACUCUACCUAAUCAUUUAUCUACUUUUUUUCUUAUACCAGGAAGAUAUUCUGGGUUUUCUAGGGGGACGUAUCUUUCCCAGAUUGCCUUGUUUGCUUUCUGUCACUCACAGAAAUGAUCAAACCUUUAAACCAGGUGGUUUGUUAAAAAUAACUUUCUACUACUACCAGAUUGUUUAUUUAUUACGAAGGUCUCUUGGUUUUGAUGAUAAAAUUAACCUGUUGGAUGACUUGGAAACUUUUUUCUUCAGUUUUCUCAUUGCUGGUAUUCCUUCCUUUAAUUGUCCUUUUCAAGAUCUUCGGGCGGUUGAAAAAGCGUUCAUUGUUCAUUCAGUAGGUUAUAGUUUGUUAAUUCUUCUAUGUUUAUUGUGGCUGUCUAUACUUCUAUUCAAAUCAUUUCAAAAAUUGAGGCUGUUCAGACCCAGAAACACCGAAACAUUAAGUCAUAAUCAUGGCUUAGAAAGGAAGUGCUUUUUGAGUCGUAUUGCAGGGGCCUUUGCUAACAUUUCACUUCUCAUGUACGCCUCCUCCACCCAACUAUGCCUCUCCCUACUCCACUGUGUACCAGUUGGCGAGAGACAAGUUAUGUUUCUUGAUGGUAAUAAAGAAUGUUAUCAAAAAUUUCAAUAUUUUCUUCUUAUUUACUUGAUUACUUGCAUACUUCCAUUUUGUCUUGUUCCCGUACUUGGCUCGUAUCUUUUGAAGUUGAAUCGUAUUUCUGUCGCACAGUUUCUCUUGGCUUGUAUUAUCCCACUUCCAGCUUGUUUUUAUUGGUCGUAUUUGUUGCUACGACAGUUCCCACGCCGUACUGAAGCAAAGAAAAAUGGGGCUCGAAAUAAGGAAGUUGAUAUGAUACAAGACGAUACACCUGUGCGUGAAAACAGGGAGGAAAAUGUAGAUCGAGCUUUAGAUUCUGAACACGAAUCUAGAGGCAGUAAGUCAGCCAUCCUUCGCGUUCUCUUAGGUCCGUUUAGGCCACACAAAGCAACUUUGAUUUUCCCCGCCUCACAUCUUCCCUGGGAAGGUUUUCUUAUUUUUCGUAGAUUAGCUGUGAUUUUGAUAUUAACGUUUGUAUACGAGAAUCGUGAAAAAGCAAUUUACUCCUUAAUAGUUUGUGUAGCUAUUCUACUUACUCAGGUCUGGGUUAAACCUUUCAGGUCCAAAGUCGAUAACGUGCUUGAAACAUUAUCACUUGGAACGCUGAUUGUUAUCGCAGCACUCAGGUUAAUCGAAAGCAUUUAUAAUGGUGAAGAUUUGGACUCUGAUAGCGUGUCAUUUUUACACUUAAUCAAUUUAAUCGAAAAUAUUCUGAUAAUUUUUCCCAUUGCUUCCUUACUUUUUCUGCCUAUGCUUUCUAUUAUCUUUAAAGUGAUGCACCUGUUUUCAUUUUUGUUUUACGCCUUUACUGCAAGACUAGCGAGAGUGAAUGGAUUUCCAUACACACCAUCAAACGAGAGUACAAUCGAGGAGAACGAGUCCUUAUUGUCAUCGAAAGAACAAUAGACAGUAUAAUACAAUUAUACAAAAUGUAAACUACAAUAAAAGAAUAAUACGAUUAUACGAAGUGUCAAAAAGGCUCUCCUUUAGAAAUUACUCUAUUGUUUAUAAGUUAUAACUGUUAAAAACAGCUGAUUUCGUCGCAAAACGGGGUUAGAAUACGACUUUCUCGA